CUUUUAGUUUACUCAGUAGUUUGUGGUUUUGAUUUUUUACUUGUACCCGUCCAGCUUUGUGUUUUUGCUAAACUUUUUCCAGUGUUUAAAGGACUUGGAAUCGAUUUGAUUCAACUAGGCUCAGAAUUUUUUCAUACAUCUUAGAUCUAAAAGUAUUAGAGGUUACUGAUUUCCAGAUGGAAUGGUUUUCUGUUAGUUGAAAUUAUUGGUUUUCAUCCAGCAUCUGCCCGUGCCUCUGCCGAAUUCCGGACGCCAAUCGCCGAUGACCAUUUUCCGUCCAACAUCUGCAACCUAAAUCCAUCAUUCUCUUCACCAGAAAACUUGCUCCUCUCGUGGAUUUCGUUGCAGAUCCUCCACGUCUUCACUGUGCGCCACUACUCUUGCACGUUGUGCUAUCGCCGGUGGUCCGUCGUGCCAUCUUCACCGUCAUCUGCCAUCGCUGAAACUCCGUCAUCACCGGUUUGUUCAUCUCGUCAUCUCCACCUUUCUCUUUUGAGCAUUUCUUGUUGCUGCACUUGGUGAUUUUUGUGGGUUGAGUUUGUUAUGUGAGUUGAUCGGAAGCAGUGUAAUUGUUUUUGUUUUGUGGAGGUUUUGGAGUAUUGUGUAUUUUGUAUUUGAAUUUUGGCUGAAAGCUGUUGCCGGUGUGUUCUGUGAAGUUGGUUGAACGAAUGCACAGCAGGCGUUUGAAGAAAGUCCUGUGCUAGCUACCAAUGGUUUGAACUUUGAAGAGUAAACGAAAGGUAAAAGGGCAUUUUUACUUAAAUACCCUUCUUAUUGAAAAAGAGAGUGUCAAAGUUUAUCGUUCGAUGGGUAGGAUUUUGAGUUUUAAAAAAUUAGCGGGGGAAAGUUUGCAAGAGCAUCUAUCCUUGGGUGGGAAUAAGCUCCUUAGCCAUAAUUAAAUUACAAGAUUGCUUAGAACGCCAUAAGUUUGGUUCCCGCGGGCACGAAGUCAAGGUCGGUGGCCGAGUCAAGUUAUAUUAUUUAUUGCUUAACCCCAUAGCCCCACCAAAUUGCAUGUUCUUGCCCUCGAUUUCCGUGCUUUAUUUUUUUUUAAUAUUAACCCAACAUCCCCACCAAAUUGCAUUUUCUUGCCCUCCAUUUCCGGCAGCAAAUUUUCCACAGCCUUCUUCUCCACUUGAUCAUUAGCGUACACAUGUAACAUAGAAGAGGUAAUAGGUAAUAUACCCAAACUUGGGCUUCCAGCAGCAUUUCAAAUGGUGCCCAAGAUUAUGUUUAUUGUUUGUGUCUGUACUUUCCUCUCUAUACGAUAUUUGCCCCCUUCAAUAGCGCAAACAAAUUGGAUCAGGAUUGGCUAUUACCGUCCAUCAAAUGAGUUCCCCAUCUCCGACGUAAAUUUUGGUCUCUUCACUCAUAUUAUUUGUGCGUAUGUUGGUGUAAAUUCCACGUCCUAUCAACUCUCUUUGUCACCAGCUGAUGAAGAUAAUUUUUCCACCUUCAUUCGGACUGUUAAACGAAAGAACUCAUCAGUCACCACACUGCUAUCUAUCGGUGGUGAAAAUGGAAAUUAUGCAACCUUUUCUUCAAUGGUGAGCGAUUCUUCUCACAGAAAAGCCUUUAUCAAUUCCUCAAUAAAAAUAGCAAGAUUUUACGGUUUUCAGGGCCUCGACUUUGGUUGGCAGUAUCCAAACACAAGCACUGAUAUGUUCAACGUCGGAGUUCUUUUUCAAGAGUGGAGAGCUGAGAUUGAUUUAGAGGCAAAAAGCUCAAACUAUUCGAAAUUGAUCUUAACAGCAAAAGUUAAAUAUACAACAUUAUCUGCAGGUCAAAGUUACCCCGUGCAGGUGAUACAACAGAAUUUGAAUUGGGUCCAUGUUGUGUCUAGUAAUUACACUCAACCUCUCUCGAGCAACUUCACGGGUGCUCAUGCAGCUUUGCUUGACCCCAGCAGUUAUACUAAUACGGAUUAUGGUAUAAGUGAUUGGAUUAAUCUGGGAGGAUUAUCAGCCAAUAAAUUGGUUCUGGCUUUGCCUUUAUACGGCUUUGCAUGGACGCUUGAGAACCCUAUGAACAAUUCCAUGGGAGCAGCAGCAAAGGGACCAGCUAUUACAGAAACUGGAUUUUUGACUUAUAAAGAAAUAAAAAAUUACACCAAGAGAUCUGGUCCGGAUCAUCAUCUUGUGUACAACUCAUCUUAUGUUGUUAAUUAUUGGACAGAUGGAACAACCUGGAUUGGAUUUGAUGAUGUUGAUGCUGUUAGAUCUAAGGUUGUUUAUGCCCAAGAGAAGAAGCUUCUUGGGUACUAUGUGUGGGAGGUUUCCUACGAUGACAAUUGGGUACUUUCUAAAGCUGCAGCGGAGGUGCAUAUAAAUAAUUCUUCGGGCCAAGAAGAUUACAAAAAGGGGGAAAACAAGAGAAGUUUGUUAGCAAUCCUUUUGCCGACUACCGCAGCUGUUAUUCUUCUAGUAGGAAUAUUUGCAAUAUUUUUCUGCAGAAAACUCAUAUUAAAAGGGACAGUGGACUCCGCUGAACAACCCAAAGAUAGAGAAAAUACAGGAGUUGCAGGUGGAGAUUUUAAUAGCAAUAUUCCAGAUCUGGUAGAAUAUACUUUGGCUGAUAUUGAGGCAGCUACCAACGGAUUCUCAAUAAAAAGAAAGCUUGGACAGGGUGGCUAUGGCCCUGUUUACAAGGGUAUACUACCAAAUGGACAGGAAAUAGCUGUGAAGAAACUUGCGCAAUCCUCAUCUCAAGGAUAUGAAGAAUUCAAGAAUGAGGUUACGCUUACAGCGAGACUUCAACAUGUAAAUCUUGUUCGAGUUUUGGGUUUUUGCAUUGACAAAGAAGAAAAGAUACUUGUCUAUGAAUACAUGCAGAACAAAAGCUUGGACUAUUACCUUUUUGACCCUAUUCGAUUAUAUAUUUUGGAUUGGGAAAAACGUGCUCAGAUUAUUGAAGGGAUUACUCAAGGGCUUGUAUAUCUCCAAGAAUAUUCCAGAUUGACUGUUAUUCAUCGAGAUAUAAAACUUAGCAAUGUCUUAUUGGAUGGAGAUAUGAAGGCAAAAAUAUCCGAUUUUGGUAUGGCUAGAAUAUUUACGAAAGAUGAUCCUGAAGUAAACACAAAACGUAUUGCCGGAACUAUUGGUUAUGUUCCUCCUGAAUAUAUUAGAAGAGGCAUAUACUCAACAAAAUCUGAUGUUUAUAGUUUUGGGGUUCUACUUUUGCAAGUCAUAAGUGGCAAAAAAAUUUCUCUUUUAUAUGGUCCGAAUGAAAGUUUGACCCUUGCAGACUAUGCAUAUGAGCUGUGGAUUAAUGGUAAAGCUAUGGAAUUUAUGGAUAAAUCACUGGAUGAUACAUCUUCGUCAUGUAAAUUAAUUAGAUGCUUGCAUAUUGCUCUCUUAUGUGUCCAGGAAAACCCAAUUGAUAGACCAUCCAUGUUAGAAAUUUUCACUAUGCUCAAAACUGAAACCAUAGAUAUGAUGAUUCCCAAGAAACCUGCUUUCUCAAAAAGAGAUGAACAAAAUAAGCCUAUAGUGCAAUUUGAAGGUUGCUCAGCGAGCACUUCAUCAAAGAAUGAUGUAACAAUUACAAAUUUGGCAGCACGAUGAAUUACAUAAUGUAGCUAUUGAGUUUGAUUAUUAUGUGCAGCUCUUGUUAAAUGAAAUAUAUGAUUUUGAA